AUGCCUCCCAAAUCUGCCAAAUCCAAGGAGGCUCCAGCCGAGCGACCCAUCCUCGGUCGAUUUUCGUCUCACCUCAAAAUUGGCAUUGUUGGUUUGCCAAAUGUUGGAAAAUCUACUCUUUUUAAUACUCUCACCAAGUUGGCAAUACCUGCUGAGAACUUCCCCUUUUGCACCAUUGAGCCUAAUGAGGCGCGGGUCAAUAUACCCGACGAACGGUUUGAGUGGCUUUGCCAGUUAUACAAGCCAAAAAGUGAGGUCUCAGCUUUCUUAGAAAUCCAUGACAUAGCUGGAUUGGUCCGAGGUGCUCAUCAGGGGCAAGGACUGGGGAAUAGUUUUUUAUCUCACAUUCGUGCUGUAGAUGGAAUUUUCCAUGUUCUACGUGCAUUUGAGGAUCCCGACAUUAUUCAUGUAGAUGAUACCGUUGACCCAGUUAGGGAUUUGGAGAUCAUUACUGAAGAAUUGAGGCUGAAGGAUGUUGAAUUCAUGGAAAGAAAGGUUGAAGAUAUUGAGAAAAGCAUGAAGAGGAGCAAUGACAAGCAGUUAAAAAUUGAGCUAGAAUGUUGUCAAAGGGUGAAGGCAUUGCUUGAGGAAGGAAAAGAUGUACGUCUAGGUGAUUGGAAGGCUGCUGAUAUUGAGAUUUUGAAUUCCUUUCAGUUACUUACAGCCAAGCCUGUUAUAUACUUGGUUAAUAUGACUGAAAAAGAUUACCAAAGAAAAAAGAAUAAGUUUCUGCCCAAAAUUCAUGCAUGGGUCCAGGAGCAUGGUGGUGAGCAGAUUAUUCCUUUCAGCUGCGCCUUUGAGAGGAAUCUUUCAGAUCUGCCAGCCGAUGAAGCAGCUAAGUAUUGUGAGGAGAACAAAAUUCAAAGUGCUCUUCCCAAAAUAAUAAAGACUGGAUUUUCAGCUAUUAAUCUCAUUUACUUUUUCACAGCAGGACCUGAUGAG